GGGGUGUUCUUGAUUGAUACCCCCAUCCCCCUCCCCCUUCUGUAUUAAAUGCAGUAGCUGGGGAAACCCACCAACCUCACCCCCCCAAAAAAAAAUCCCCCCGUUUCGCCCACACUUCUAUCCGUCAUGCUACAAAACCCCCUUCUUCUCCCCUUCGCCUUCCCAAAAUGUCCUUCUCCCCCACCGCCGACGACAACGCCACCGCCACCUCCUCCCCCCCAAACUCUUCGUCCUCCUUCUUCCUCCAGAACCUCAGCAACCUCGGCCUCGGCUACGCCAUCGCCAUUGCCCUCGGCGUCCUUGUCCUCCUCUCUACCGUCCUCCUCGCCUCCUACGUGUGCUGCCGCGCCCGCUCCCGAAACACUAAUCCUAACCCCAACGGUGGCGGCACAGGCGGAAACUCCAAUGGCGUCGUGCUGCCCCGCAUAAUCUUCGUUGCGGAGGACGACAACGACGAGGACAACAACGGCGAGGAGGGUGGCCGGGGCUCCGCUCCCACGGGGCUGGACCCGGCGGCGAUCAGCUCCUACCCGAGGUUUCCGUUCUCCGCCGCCAAGGGCGGCGACACCGUGUGCUCCAUCUGCCUCGGGGAGUACCGGGAGGGGGAGAUGCUUCGGAUGAUGCCGGACUGCCGCCACUACUUCCACCUUCCCUGCAUCGACGAGUGGCUCCGACUCAACGCCUCCUGCCCCGUCUGCCGCAACUCGCCAAUGCCCACCCCGGUAUCCACGCCGCUCUCUACCCCGCUAUCCGAACUCGUCCCACUUUCCCACUUCGCCGCCGACCGGAGGAGGAGGUGAUCACCGUUCACCAGGUUCCGGAUCUUGCCAUCCGUGUGUAAAUGUUUGGGCUUUCUUCGUUCCUAUAGCUCUCUCCGUUUUUAAUUAGGGAAAGCAAAAGCUUUGCAGUAGAUCUGACAACAUGGAGGUGGAUGGUGUUUUGUGGCUAAUUAGGCUUGUAGGAUUUCCAUAUUGCUUGCAGGGUUCAAUUGAUUAGAUUCGUUUUUCUUUUUUCUAUAAUUUCUUAGCUGUGUGGUAAUCCCAUUGAUAUGGAUAUAUGAAAUUUUGGUCUUAUGCGCAAGUUGGUGUGAUUAUAAUGCUCUGCUUUUGAAAUGCAGUGUGGAUUAAUAUUAUA